UACAUAGAAAAUUAAGGUUUUCUUUGAUAAUUACUAGCAAAUUAGUGCCAGCAUGGAGGAUCCUGCGUUUCGCGUCAAGUAUCAAAAGUGCAAAUAUCGGUUGAAACAGUGGGAAAAGGAGUUCAAGCUAAAAUAUGGUCGUGUGCCGUCUAAACUGGAUAUCCGCGAUUCGCCCAGUGAAAUCAGACACUCGUACAAGGUGUACUAUCGCCUUAAGACCACACUACUGGAGGACACGCUGUUGGAUGCUCUCGAUGAGGACGAUGAUUUCGAUGGCUCGUUAAUAUCGCAAGAAUCAAGCUUUAGCCAGGAGUUAAUGGAUGGUAUGCGGCCGCUAACAAGCGGAACGAUCCUUAACGAUAGUGCUCUGGCUGGCCAGAGCUCGUCGAUGAGCAAGCUGCUAACCGAACCGAUCGACGGAUCGCAACCGAACCAGCGGAAGACGGAUUUCGUGGCCGAGCAAGAAAUAGAGCUAAAUCAAAAUGCGUGGCUCAACGAACGAAGCCGCCAGAAACCAGUUAAACAGCCCCAGCAGAUAGAUUCGCCGGCUGUAAAGCCACCCUCUCUGAAGCCACUGUCGAAACUGUUGGCCACGGCAUCCACCAUGGUUCCGAAGCGCAAUCCACGGAAAUCAAUGUCCCGCAAUUCAUUUGGCGGAUCCACACAGGGAGCUGCGUCACAGGGCAAUGGUACAAAGGUGGAGCUACCCGAUCUAGAAACGUUGCUCACUGCGAAAUCGAAAGAACUGGACUGUUUAAAUCCCAAGCAGGAGGACAAACUGCUGCCCGUUACACGUGAACCGAUCAAUCAGCUCGACGAGCGAUGGUUAAAUCGUCAAUCGUCGGGCGACGGCAUUGUAGGAGAAGAGACCGUAAUACCAGUGGCAGUUGGCGGUAAUCUCGUCCGAUCAUCUAGCACCACCACUAACGCUAGUACCACCACGUAUGGACUACGGAACGUUAAUCUAGCAGCAUUAGCAUCCACUGGUAGCUUCGGUUUGUCAUCUCUGAGCGUGUUGGAUCGAACGGAAACGGAGCCUUCAGCGCCAAACAGCACGAUCACCACCGAUGUGGGGCGAGCAAUGGCUCAAACGACGGCAUACGAUCGACCGGUAGCCAUUCAAUCCGACUCCGAUGGUGUGGUGGAGAAUUCGGACGAAGAAAGCACAAAAACAUCUCCGGGAAUGUUACACGUGGCCAAGAAGAGGAAGAUUUUCACGGCCUUUAACCGAAGUCCGCAGCUGCUGGAAGCUAGCAAGGUUCCGACUGUGCCAAUCACCAAGGAACCUCCAUCGGCUCCAGUCGAUGUUGAAAACAAAGAUCCGAUGGAAAGAGUCCAACAGCAGCAGCUAAAGGAAGCCGUAUCGGUCGUGGAACCAGAAAAACGAGUCAAGAAGUCGGUGCCGAAAGCAAAACCAGCACGAUCGACUGUGAAAAAGUCUGUGCAAAGCCUGAAAUCGCUCCCGCAACGGACGCGGUCGGUUCGCGCAACGCGUAAAACGGCAAAUUAUCGUGAUCCACCGACCGCCGAUGAUGGCGUAGAACCGACAAGCCCUGACGGUGCUGGUGACUUUUCGGCGGAUGACGAGGAUAAGGAUCCAAAUUUCGCACUAAAAGGAUCACCAUUACCGGCGGGCAUGAGUGAUGAGUCUCACGAUGAUGAUCAUGCGUUGGCAAUGGAACAGGCCACACCGAAGCGCAAAUCGCGUAGUACCGCACGAGCGGUGGUAAAGGCACCGAGAAGGACCACGACGAAACGUGCCUUGACAAAGGUAAAGAAAGGAUCUCCGAUAUCGCCAAGACUCAGCCCCGGUGGAUCGACGUCAAAAACGGCUGCUUCGAAGGCUAAGCGCAAAACGAAAAAGAUUCCACCGGUGCCGGCAAAAGAAGUGCCCCCCAGGGGCGAGGAUGAAGAACCGGACGAGUACGUACCGGAAUAUGGGCUCGAUCGGUUAAAGAGUGUCCCGCGAGUCGAUAUACGUGAGCUGAUGCGCGAUACGCAGCUGGCGCAUAGUUUCAUUCAAGGUACGAGCGGAUUGGUAGAUACUGGUGCUGGUGGAUCGGGUCGUCCUGCGUCCAGCAAGGAGACGGCGAUGCGCAAGAAGAUGGCCGCCGGAAAGUUAAACGAAAAUUUUGUCCGCAUCGAUCUGCGCAAGAAGGUGUUUGUAAAGGGCAAGAAAACGAUCAACUACAGUCGUUACAAGAAGUCCCAGUGGAAGGCGAAGAAGGUGGCCGCCUUAGCCGGCCCGGACAUGGAUAUGGGAGGAUGCGAUGGAGGCGUUUUGACGUGCUAUCUUUGUGGCGGCGUUGGCCACAUGGCUAGGCAGUGUCGGAACGUGCGCGAGGAUAAGCUGUUACCGAUCGGUGCGGAGAUAGAGGAAGAAUCCUCCUUCCCCACGCUUGAGGAAGCGGAAGCGAUGGCGAAUGCCAAAACGGCAGUUGUGCACUCGAAUCGCAUGGAUAACCUGCCGCCAGUGGCCAAUCCAACGUGGAAAGAAUCACAUGACAGCGAGCAGGCAUUACCGGAUGUAAUGGAAAGCGAAUCGGAUGUGCAGGAAUCGGAUUGCAAGGAGGAAAAGGUCGUUAACUUGGCUAGCGAGAACGCAGAGCAGGACAAUCCAGGGCAUCAAACCUCACCGCACACGAGAAAGCAGUCGGCUUCGUACAUUGGUCAUGUAAUUCCGGAAAAUUUUCUUAAAAAAUCUGGACUCCUGGAGGUAACGGUGACUGGUGCUGGUGCAAAAGGUACCAUUGAAGCACUCUACUCUCUUCAACCGGAUGGUACUUUGCCACCGACACCCCCGGAAGUGUUCGAUGCGCUACACAUGUUCGGACACCAAUCGUUCCGACAUGGCCAGGAGCAAGCCGUUAUGCGUGUACUGUGUGGAAUGUCCACCCUAGUCACACUCAGUACCGGUGCGGGUAAAUCACUUUGCUAUCAGCUUCCGGCGUACCUGUACCGGAAACAGCGGAACUGCAUUACCCUCGUUAUCUCGCCACUCGUGUCAUUGAUGGAAGAUCAGGUCCAUGGGGUGCCGGAUUUUUUGAAUGCUCAAUGUUUGCACAAGAACCAAACACCCAAGGUACGGGAACGGGUGAUGGCGGCGAUCGUUGCCGGUGAGCUAGAUGUACUACUUGUAUCGCCGGAAGCGGUGGUGGCCGGUGAGAAGUCAACCGGGUUUGGAUCGCUGUUACGCCAACUACCACCGAUUGCGUUCGCUUGUAUUGACGAGGCACAUUGCGUAUCUCAAUGGAGUCACAAUUUCCGUCCAAGCUAUCUGAUGAUCUGCAAGGUUUUGAAAGAGAAACUGGGCGUCAAGACGAUUCUGGGACUGACGGCAACGGCCACAGUGCAAACACGGCAAAGCAUCGUAAAGCAUCUUGCUAUCCCGGAUGGGCUGAAUGGCAUCAUCAGCGAUAUUCCGCUCCCGGACAAUCUACUGCUGACGAUUUCUCGUGAUGAAAAUCGAGACAUAGCGUUGGUCGAGUUGCUGCUAUCGGAGCGCUUUGCAUCGCUCGAAUCGAUCAUCGUGUACUGUACGCGGCGCGAUGAUUGCGAACGGAUCGCCACCUUCAUACGCACCUGUUUCCAGGAUGCGGCACGAGAACGAGAGGAUAAGGUUAGUAGCAACAAACGGCGCCGGCUUAAUUACGUGGCCGAACCAUAUCAUGCCGGUAUGCCGGCGUCGCGUCGUCGUACGAUCCAGAAUGCGUUUAUGGGCGGUGAGCUGCGGAUCGUCGUCGCUACGAUCGCGUUCGGUAUGGGCAUUAAUAAGGCAGACAUACGUGCGAUCGUGCACUAUAAUAUGCCGAAAAAUUUCGAAAGCUACGUACAGGAGGUGGGCCGAGCGGGGCGCGAUGGUAAGCUGUCGCAUUGUCACCUGUUCCUCGAUAGUCGUGGUAGCGACCGGAACGAGUUGCGCCGGUUUAUCUAUGCGAAUUCCAUCGAUCGGCAUGUGGUGCGGAAGUUACUGCAGAAGAUUUUUGUACCGUGUGCGUGCACGAAAAUAUUCAGCAAUCGUGAGCUGGCCGAUGAGCUGCGCCAGGAGAUUGAGGCAGCUAAUGGAAUGGAUUGGGAUGCCGCCUUUGAUGAAGAGGAAAAAACAGAAAAGGAAGGAACACAAACACCUGCAGCGCCGAAACGUAAUCGGAGAUUGUGUCCAGGGCACGAGAUUUGUUUUUCGAUCGAAUCGACGAUACAGCAGCUGGAUAUUCCGGAGGAAAACAUAGCCACGUUCCUGUGCUAUCUGGAGCUCGAUGAACAGCGCUACAUACAGGCCCUCAGUCCGGCGUACAUUCGGUGUAAGGUGAUGUCGUAUGCUGGACCGCGAACAUUACGUCAGGCGGCAAAAGAAUGUGCCCCGCUGGCAAUGGCUUUCGCGCUUGACUUGAAGCGUGGCAUUUCCCAUGCCACCUCGACCAUGAUCGAGUUUCCCGUCAUCGAUGUAGCAUCCGCCAUUGGGUGGGAUAGUGGGGUGGUGAAGUAUCAGCUGAAAAACCUCGAAUGGACUACUGAGGGCGGGACACGCAAACGGUCGGCCCUGUCGGUCAGUUUCUUCGAUCUAGGAUUUCGUGUUCGCGCUCCCGGUGAUCUAACGGAUGAGGAGCUAGAUCAUACGCUCGACACACUGUACGGACGUGUAACGCAUCAGGAACGGACACAGCUAGCUCAGCUUCAGUAUAUAUCUGAUGCAUUGAAUGCGGUAUGCUUCAAGAGCAUCCAUCCGAUCAAGGCAGUAAACUGUCCUAUGGGACCAUCCGAUAAAUUGAAGGCGAUCAUUCGAGAGUAUUUUGUGACGGACAUAAGCAAGGAGGACAUUGAAAUCGUCCCCGAGCCUGAUGAUACAACGGAUGAGCAGCUAGUGACCGAUAUCCGUACGAUGAUAUGCCGUUAUCGGGAAAAUAACUUCAGUGGCCGUGCGAUUGCACGCAUCUUUCAUGGCGUACAGAGUCCGAAUUAUACGGCAAUUAUCUGGUCCAGAUCCAACUUUUGGCGUUCGUACACAAAAACGGACUUCAAUCGUAUCGUACGACUGGCCAAUGCGGAGAUCGUGCGCAUGAAGACGUGAGCAGUAAGUUGGGCCGCACGAAUAUUCUUAGCGUUGUUUAUUAAUAUGUUUGUUGAGAAUUGAUUCAAAUGAAAUAGCAAUGUCCAUGGACGCUCUUAUGUGAUGUAACCGGUGCCUCCGUUAUUUGUCAGCAGGAUCUGGUUAGAUUUCGAUUACCGCUAAGGCAAAACGUUCAAAUGAAAUUCAAAUUUGUGCACCGAAUACAGCAGAUAAGACUGAAAUAUGGUGACAGUUUAACUAUGUGUUCCAACUGUUCUUGAAUUACCGGUUUAGUUAGCAAAAUUGGUAGCAAAAUUUAUUUAGUAAAUAGUUUCAAUGCUCUAUGUUGGUUAUGGAAUACUCUCAAACAUGUGUGAAAUGAAGAAAAUUCUGACAAUACUAUCGCAGUAU